GAGAGAGAGAGUGAGAGAGUGAGAGAGAGAGAGAGAGACGGCUCUGGGAAUAAAGGAACUCGAACGCUGACUAAACUAAACACAGAUACUGUAUCUGUGGGUCAAAUGACUCCGGUAAUGGAAGUUAACGACAACGAGACUGGUGUGUGUUUGUCUGCUGAUUUAACUAUAAAGCAUUAUUACCUUCCUAUUAUGUAUGGGAUUAUAUGCGUGUUUGGAUUUGCCGGAAAUCUCAUGGCCAUCAUCAUUUACGUGGUCAAGCUGAGACCUUGGAAGAGUGGGAGCAUCAUCAUGGUGAACCUGGCGAUAGCCGACUUGCUGUACGCUCUCGGCUUACCUUUCCUCGUCAAUUUCUACGUCGUCGGGAACUGGAGGCUGGGCGAGUUUAUGUGUCGCUUCCUUCGCUUCUGCUUCCACUUCAAUCUGUAUGGUAGCAUCCUCUUCCUUACAUGUCUCAGUGUCUUCCGUUAUGUGGUGGUGGUGCACCCACUUCGAGCAGCUCAGGUCCAAAGGGCUUCUAGAGGUGUGUCUGCCUGCUUGGCUAUUUGGGCCAUCAGCCUGUUGGAGAUCGGCCCGAUGCUCAGCAUGAUCACGACCCAGAAAUAUGGUAACACGACGGACUGUUUAGACUUUGCCAGCAAUGACCCAAAUAUGGUGUGGUGGUAUGGUUGGCUACUCAGCGUGUUGGGCUACUUACUGCCCCUGGUUGUGGUGUGUUGGUGUUAUACACGUAUCAGUGGUACACUGGGCAAAAGCCUUUCAGCAUCUAGGCCCAGCAGGGUACGAGCUCACAGACUCACAGUGAUUACCUUGUCUGUGUUUGUCAUGUGUUUCCUGCCCUACCACAUCCUGAGGCAACUAAGAGUGGGCAGUCUGAGGAGCAAUGUGACAUCCUGUUUGCAAAUGAAAAUCAUCAACGAUGCCUACAUGCUUUCACGGCCGUUGGCAGGCCUCAACACCUUCUUCAAUCUGGCACUCUUCACCUUGGCCGGAGACAAGUUCCAGCAGGCCUUCUACAGCCUGAUCUGCAGAAGGAAACCUAGCAUGAAUAACGUGGCAGUGAUCUCCUGA